AACAGCGUAAACCCCUUCGUUUUUGCGCCCGCGGAGAUCGAUAGCAAAAGCACGUUCGCACAACGAUGGCGUCGUAUCUGGAAGAUUUGUUCGAUAAACUUCUCAGCAGUUCGGCGCUGGUCAAUUAUUGGAACUACGUCUUUCCCGUGCUGGUGGGUCUGUACUUGGCCAUUUCGCUGUACGAUAAGCAUCGGUAUGGCAGCAAGAAGAAACUCCGCAUCACUGCCCUUCCGGACAAAAAGAAGGACCAGGAAACGAAGCUGGACGGUAUUGAGUAUGUGGGAGAAGUAGAACCGCAGGGCGAAGAGUUCGAUCCAGUGCCAGCGUUGGAAGAGAAACCGCACAUCUCUUACGGCGGAGCUACCGUGACGCUGGGCGAGGAUCCUUGCGAAGCUGAUAGUCGGUUUUACGCGAUAGUAAACGAUCGUCGCAGCGUCCGCAAGUUUAGCAACCGGCCCGUCGAUCGGAAGGUCGUAGAGCGGUGCAUUCUGGCGGCCGGCACUGGACCAAGCGGGGCGCACACGGAACCGUGGACUUUCUGUCUGGUUUCCGACCGAUCGAUCAAGGAGAGUGUGCGAGAAAUUAUCGAAUCGGAAGAGCUAAUCAACUACACACAGCGAAUGGCCAAGCAGUGGGUCACGGAUCUGCGGCCAAUUAAAACGAGUCACGUUAAGGAAUACCUUACGGAGGCUCCGUUCCUGAUACUGGUGUUUAAGCAGACGUACGGCUACAAGGAGGACGGCACAAGGAAGCAGCAUUAUUACAACGAAAUAUCGACCUCGAUCGCUACCGGAAUUCUUCUGUGUGCCCUACAAAGCGCCGGGUUGAGCUCACUUAUCACCACGCCCCUCAAUUGUGGACCAGCCCUUCGCAAUCUUCUCGAACGGCCACCAAAUGAAAAGCUGCUUGUGCUCCUACCGGUCGGAUACCCGGCGGAAGAUUGCACGGUCCCAGAUUUGCACCGUAAACCGCUGGACGAUAUCAUUGCGCGUUACUGAACAUUAACUAAGAGAUUAACUCCGGUGAGAUUCGGCGCCGAAGGGGGUCGGCUUUUGAUAAAUGAACGUCAUCAACACGUGUUGUAUUUGGUGCGGGGAAGCGAUAUACUUUCUCAUACAUAACAGGGGAUCAGUUAAUUUUCUUAUCAAUACGCAGAUAACGGAGUCUAUUUUAAAAAUAAUAAACGGUGAAAAAAGUGACGAAAACAUGUGCAGAAGUGAAAAAAAAAAACAUUUCCUAACGAGCGACCGUGACAGGACUCGAACCUGCAAUCUUCGGAUCCGAAG